CCCAUCGCCACUCUUCCCCUCUAUUAAGUUUCAAGCGUCUCUUCCUCCUGAACUGAACAACUCACCAAACAGGGGACUGGACAGAAAACAGACACUGGCUCUCCCGGUCCUUGCCUCCGUCUCCUCCCAUUCCAUAAUUUCCUUACUUCAUCCACCCCUUCCCCACCUUGUUGUAGCUCUGUUCAUAUCUCUUUCUGUCUAAUUUCAUUGUUCUGCCCACUUGUUUUCACUUCAUCCUUUGUUCCCCUGACUGCUUUUGCUCAAUUCUACCAUCCAUCACAGGAUAGUUGAUAGCUGUGUCUCCUCUUUUUUGUUUGCUGUUUUUAAAACAAGACUUCCUAACCUUCACCUUUUUUACACACCUCUCCCCAUUUUCUUCCUACUAAACCAGCCUUCCAUCGUUGCAUCCAUUAUUUGGUCCUGUAACAUUUAGCCUAAGUGGCCUGUUCUUCCCUCUGGUCUUCCUUGAGAUCAGUAUGUGGUCCAACUACUUCGUACAGCCGGAUGAGGACAGUCGUAUUGGGGUGGCAGGGGCUGGACAAGGUGGGGGUUUGGGUGGGAUGAAAGUUGGAAGGGGACAGAGGAGGACCCAGAAGAUGAGUGACAGCCAGGAGGGAAAGAUCAAGCUGGCCUUCUUUGUGUCUAUCAUCGGAGUGACCCUGACGGUGUUGGGCAUGGGGACAGAGUUUUGGGUAGAGCUGGCCCAACCAAAGAAUUUCAGCGGCAACCAGACCUGCCAGAUGGCCCAUUACGGCCUGUGGAAGGGCUGCAUCCGCACCCUAUGGGUGGCAGACAUAGACCCAGAAAGGACGAGCUGUGGCCCUGCUGAACUACCUGGAGAAACCAACUGCACCUACUUCAAAUUCUUCACCUCUGGGGAGAAUGCAGUCAUAUUCAAGAAGACAACUAACAAGAAGCUGAAUCUAGCAGCAGCUAUCUUGGCUCUUUUGAGUUUGACCAUGAUGGUAAUGGGCUCCAUCUGUAUCGCCAUGUCCCUCAGCAAAGGAGUACCCUUCUUUCUUAAGCCAGGCUCCUUCUGUUUCAUCCUAUCAGGUGUACUGGUCCUUCUCUCAAUCCUGAUAUUCCACCAGUCUGUGCUGUCCUUGCUGUCCAGUGACCACUCCAUACCUCUACACCAUGAGCUGUCAUGGUCUGUGGCCUGUGUGGGCUCAUCGGGAGCCAUCCUUAUUUUCGGAGGUUUCCUCUUCAUUAUCCUCUCCCUUCCUUUCAGCCCAUGGCAGAAAUGCUUGCCACACAAUAAUAACACCACCUAGCACUUGAAUGACAAUAAAAUAUAGAUACAGUAUUCUUGAUUUCUUGUUUGAGAGCAAAUGGAAACGUCCGUUUCUGGAGGCCGUAACUUUACUUGCUCUUAGCAUUUAAUUUAUCAGAGAAGUCAAACUUAAGUCUUAAUAAAAGGUAUAAGGAGAAGUCAGCAACACAUUGGUGAGAGAAUGUGCAAAAAUUGUUUCAGUGUUUUUUUUUGUAGAGUGUCUAAUUUUUAGUUGUGUUUACUUCUACAAAUAGCCAGCCUAUAGCUGUACAUCCACACAAACCUAGGUUUUCUGCUAGCAUAAGAAGAGUAAAUAAAAACUUUAUAAAUGCUAAGACACUUAUUUAUUUUAAAACCUCUGUUUGAUAUGGAAGCCCAUUUCUGCUAAGAAAUAAAAAAAGAUGAAAAGUUAGCAACAAUACUCCACAUUAAAUGACAAAAUGCAUCUUUUGUCCAAUCCCUUUAGAACGAAAGAAGCGUUUUUUGAUCUGACUUAAGCCAAAUUGUGUGUGAGCAGUGAGCAAGCACUGCAUACUGCUAAUUUGUUGUGACCGCGCGGACAGUUAGCGACAGUUAUGGACAGUUAAGAUGUAGCACAGCGAUCUACUGCACAUGUGUGGAACGUGUCCUCAAAGCGAACAGUAUGAACAGAACUAUUACUUGUCCGCAGUUGUCCACAGCUGUCCAUGUAAGAGUCUUUAUCUGUCUUUUAAAACUAUUACACAUCAAUGCUUGAAUAUAAAUCUGUUGUAUGGUGCAUCAAUGCUGUUGUUAAGGUUUGGUUUUGAUCAGUAUGACUACUUUGUUAAGAUUAGGAGACCUUCAUUAUAAUGGGAAUAUAAUACACAUGUGAGUAAGGUUAGGGAACGAUCAUGGUCCCUUGUCCAAUGUUCUGUCCGAUGUUUUUUUGACCAAUCCAUCCCGCCACCGGUCACACUUACUACGGCUGCUAGGGGGCACUGUCACUUGACUGUAAGCAUAUUAUGUCCUUUUUUUGGGUACUGAUGCUGUCAUUCUUUUUUUAGAGGACAGUCUCAAAGUGAGACAUAAUACAAAGUUAUGACAUUGUAAAUCAAAAGUUUGACGAAGUCAAAAUGACAAAUACCAAGUCAGAAAUGGUGACUUUUUUUAACUUUUCAUGCUUUCUUUCAGGAGGAAAUGGGCUUCCAUAGUUUAAAAUUCCUAAAGCGCCAUUAGAAUGUAAUACCAUCAGCAUAGCAACAUACCACGUUUGUGAUAAUGCUAACAAUCCGUAUGGAGGAGGUCCAGAUUACUUUCAGAGAAGAUACUUCUCACAUGUAUAUAAAAGGCAAUGAGUAUCCUCAAUAUUAGAAAUAAGUACUAUGAAGCUUUUCAACCAUUAAUAUUUGAUUAAUAUGAGGCUUCAUGUCAUUAUUUAUUACUUACGUGUGUUUUGCAACUAUUGGGUGAAUGCUGCUUCAGUAUGAAUGAAAUCGACAGUAAAAAGUGAUUAAAUUACCAUUUUGUGUAUCAGAGAAUUGUAUGGACUCACUUUAUAAGCUCAACUUUGUACAUAAACUGAAUGACUGUGUUUAUAUUGAGUGAAUGGUCACUGCAUUGCUCUCUCCAAUGACAUUUGCAGUAUGCAGUAGAUACACUUUAGUUUUGUCAUAGGAUGCUCACCAUGUCUCUCUACCAGGAAAUGCAAUUUUACAAAAUAUAUGCUAAUUUCUACUCAUAUAUAUGUACAGUAUGUGGCACCAGAUUUGCUCAUCAUUAAAAGGAUUUGACAUGAAAUAAUUGCCUCCCUUUUGUUGCUGACAUGGCAGCCUGUCUGCUCUCAAACUUGACAUUCACCCAUUUCACCACUUCACAGUGUGACUUCUAACCUCUCUGCCAAAGAUCCACCUCUCCCAAACCCGCUCCUCUAUAUUUAGGUUGGAGCUCAUCGUAAUGCAUUUCACUGCAGAGGUUGGGAAACCUUAUCCUUGAAUUUAAACUAUGUAACCCCCCUCUAUCCUAUCCUCGUAGCUCUGUGCCCCCUCCUCCUCCACCCCUGACCUCAGUGCGUCACUUUGCCUGUUGUCUCCAGGCGAGCCUGUUGGACACUACUCCUCCACCCUACCUCAAACUAACCCCUCUGCCCCACACACACACACAAGGACAAGGGGACUAUCAGAUCAGAGAUGUCCCAAUAACUAUUCUAGCAGCUGGCCAGCUGGGGAAUGAGUGGCACCUACCCACACAUGCUUUUAACUCUCAGUGGGCAGAAACCAAAUCCUGAUGACACACUAUCCUGGUUGUAUAUAUAGCUGUUACUAGUUCUACUGAGACUAUGUGACAUGUGGUACACAACCACUACGGUAGCUGCAUGUUUUUACA